CACCCACACCCACACUCAUCCUCCCCCCCCCACACACACACGGACGUAAAACAUAUAUAUACAUACAUUUAACUUGGUAUAAAAAUUCUGACUGGUAAUAAUUACAUGUAAUUAAAUGUUAAUAUACAUAUGUUAUUGUUGUCACUGUACUGCCUGAACAGGCAAGCAACUGGAGUCUUACAACUCCAGAGAAAUGAUGAAAUCUCUCUCGCCGUUUAACGUAUAAUUUUUAUUUCAGAUCAAUAGCAGAUAGCUUUGGAGUAAGUAAAGAUACCGUUUGGAAUUCCGUGUUUGAAGUUGCAAUGUUAUUAACUCAAGAUAUUCAUACAUAUAUUAAAUGGCCUGAAACCCUAUGAAAUGGUUAACUCAGAAAGAGAAUUUCGUGAAUUAAAUGGUUUUCCAGGGGUAAUUGGAGCAAUUGAUGGCUCUCAUGUCACUAUAAGUGCACCUGUAGAAAAUGCGGAUAAUUAUAUUAAUCGCAAAGGCUAUCAUUCUAUAAUAUUACAAGGAAUUUGCAAUUCUAAAUUAAGAUUUAUAGAUGUUUUCACGGGAAUGUGUGGUAGCGUUCACGAUGCAAGAGUUUGGCGUUUGAGCGAUAUAAAGCAGUUAAUAACGCAAGACGUAAAUAGGUACUUUCAAAAUCAGUACCAUCUUCUAGCUGAUUCAGCAUAUCCAUUGUCAAGUUUUAUGUUAACCCCUUAUAAAGAUAAUGGUCAUUUAAACCAUCUACAAAGAAACUUUAACACAAAAUUAUCCAAAACACGUGUAGUUAUCGAACGUGCUUUUGGAAUGUUGAAAGGAAGAUUCAGAAAAUUAAGAUAUAUUUAUAUGUACAAUACAGAAAUGAUACCGUUGGUUAUAAUCACUUGUUGCAUCUUGCAUAACAUAUGCAUAGAAAAUGAAGAUGCACCUAUGGCAUUUGAUCCAAUAGAAAUGCAAAAUGAUGAAAAUAAUGACGAAAUUGCAUUUAUGGACGGUGCAGAAAAAAGAGAUGUUAUUUCUCGUAUUUUGUGAAAUAAUAAAAUAACAUUACAAAUAACAUUUACAAUUGUACUGCUAAAUGUGAUUUUAAUAUUUUAAUUAAUGAAUAAAUGUAUUAAUACAUUUCUAAGUAUUUUACUAAAUGCUAGAUAAAUAAUGUACUAUUAACAAUAUUUUUUAUUUUCUAAUAUCUAAAAAAACAUGAGUAAUGCUUAUUAAGAUUUACUUCAUUUUUAUUUUUCAAAUAUUGUUUUAAACACUUCUUUUACACUUAUCUUUAUUUUUUUUAAUGCUUUUCUAAUAACGACAAAAAACGUUCUUUUUGGUUAUAAUUUUCUUUAUGAUGAUUUUCUCUUUGUGCUUUUAAUUCUUCAAUCCAGGAAGGUAUUUUAGAUUUUCUUUUUCUUAUUGGUCGAUUCUUUAAAACGUUGGUUGAUUCUGUUAAAUUUAAGUCAUUUUCUUCGUUUUCCUCUUCAUUAUUGAUUAUUUCGAAACCUCGUGUACUCGAUGCAAUAGACAGUGGUGUAACUUCUGAAUUUUUCCUCAACAUAUCAUGCAUUAUU